AUGGAGAUCAAAGGCAGAUUCGCUUCUCCUUCAUCAUUUUCAUUCCCAAUAUCAUUGAUCCAAAUCUUUGCAAUAGGCAGCCUAAUAAUAAUUACAUCCAAAGCUUAUGCUAAUCCAAACAUCAACACAGACCAAUCAGCCCUUGUUGCUCUAAAAUCCCACAUCACAAAUGACCCAUUUGGCAUUACAACAAACAAUUGGUCAAUAACAACCUCAGUUUGCAAUUGGGUUGGCAUAGAAUGUGGUAGCAAACACAAUAGAGUUACAAGUUUGAAUUUUUCUUUUAUGGGUCUUACUGCUUCAUUUCCUCCUGAACUGGGAGCUCUGUCUUUCCUCACUUACAUUACCAUAAAAAACAAUAGCUUUCAAGGUCCAUUGCCUGUUGAGAUACUCAAUUUGCGUCGCUUGAAAUUGUUUGGUAUUGGAAAUAAUGAGUUUAGUGGAGAGAUUCCGGCGUGGUUGGGGCAACUGCCUAGAAUACAAAGACUGUUGCUUUAUGGUAAUCGUUUCUAUGGUUCCAUUCCUGUAUCCAUUUUCAACUUGACUUCUCUACUCACGCUUAAUCUUCAAAAUAAUCAGCUUUCGGGAAGAAUACCAAGAGAAGUUGGAAACCUGACGAUGCUUGAAGAUUUACUUCUUGAUGGUAAUCAGCUCACAGAAAUCCCAUCGGAGAUCGGAAAACUUGGAAGAUUGAAGACAUUGAACUUGGAGAGUAAUUUAAUCUCAGUCCCAAUUCCAGAGGGGGUCUUCAACCUUUCGUCUCUCAUCGCAUUGGAUCUAACAAGAAAUAACUUCACCGGGGGGUUACCGGACGACAUUUGUGAAAAUCUUCCGGCGUUGAAAGGCUUGUACUUAUCCGUUAACCACCUCUCCGGCAGACUUCCGUCGACGCUGUGGCAGUGUGAAAAUAUUGUGGAUGUAGGAAUGGCAGAUAAUGAGUUUACAGGAAGUAUACCCACAAAUUUUAGGAACUUGACUUGGGCGAAGCAGAUCGUACUCUGGGGUAACUAUUUGUCAGGUACCAUUCCAAUCAAAGGUCGCAAAUAUAUGGAUUACAUUCAAGAAAUUAGCAUAUAUAACCAUAAAAUUAAAAAAUUACAAAUAUAA